AUGGCGGCUCUGAAUGGCAUGAACUCUACUACACCUGAUCCCGUCCCAAUGACCUCUAUAAAGUCCAAUUCCAUGGAUCCAUCAAAGCUGAUCAUCGAGGAAGGCCCACCUUUAAACAUUGAAUCAUUACAAAUUGUAGAUUCGGGCGAACCACCUCCCAAAUACGAAAAAGAUGUGGAUCGUGGGUAUGCGCUUGUGGUUGCCUUUGCUGGCUUCCUGCUGCAUUUCUGUAGCUGGGGGUUUAUUUUCAGCUGGGGAGUCUUCCAAAGACAGUAUGCAAGCGUCAAUUUUGCAUCAUCAAGCUCGCUAAGUUUCGUCGGCACGACCAACAUCACUAUGGCACUCAUAGCUGGUGCACCCAUCGGCCAACUUGCCGCAAUAAUAGGGCAUCGCAGAACUAUAUUGCUGGGAUGUGUGGUUUACACGCUAGGACUGUUUCUCGCUAGCUUUGCCACACAGUUGUGGCAUUUGAUAUUGAGUGUGGGUGUGCUGUGCGGGCUGGGGUGCUCGUUGUGUUUUGUGCCUGCAUUGAGUUUGGUGCCGCAGUGGUUCAAGAAAUGGAGAGCUCUAGCUACUGGAUUUGUAGCAGCUGGAUCUGGAAUAGGAGGGUUUUCAUGGAGUUUGAUUAAUGCGAGGCUGAUUGAUGCACUUGGACCGUCAUGGACAUUCAGAAUAGCAUCCUUCAUAUGUGCUGGAAUAUUCGCUUUCGCAGUCCUGAUUCUUCGAGUGCGGAAUCCACCUGGUCGUGUCAAGAUUGAUUUCAAGCUGUUACUGGAUCCGUCCAUGAUGGUUAUCAACAUUGGUGGAUUCUUCCUCGCAUUCGGAUACUUUCCCCCAAUAUUCUUCAUGUCUCAGUACGCCGGAAGUUUUGGCCUCGACCCGUCAUCAGCGGCUCUGAUAACAGGCCUGUUCAAUAUCGGAAGCGCGAUUGGACGAGUCGUGAAUGGUCUUGGUGCUGAUUAUGUAGGGUGUUUUAAUGCGCUUGCUACGACGGUGACUCUUUCGGCUGUUGCCAUAUUGGCCGUCAUGCCGAAUGCCACAGCGUUUGGAUCUCUGCUGGGGUUUAGCAUGUUUUAUGGAUUUGCUUCUGGUGGAUUUCAGAGUCUAUUCCCAGUAGUGAUAGUGCAAAAAUUCGGCGCUGUACGCGCAUCCUUCCUCAUCGGCGUAGUAUACACGCCAUGGAUAUUCGGACAAUUGCUCUCAUCCUUCAUUUUUGGAACAAUUGUUGAAGCUCACGGUGGGACGACACUGACAUCUGCGUACCUGCCUGGAAUCCUCUUUGCAGGAGGUGCAAUGGCUGUUGCUGCAGCGUUUAUGAUCACGUUGAGGAUCAUGCAGUCAAGACAGUUGCUGAAACCUAUAUAG